CCCUGUUCCCAAAUCCCCAUCUCCAUCUCUCCUGCUCCCAAACCUUGGGGGAUUCCAGGAAUUUCCUCUCUGGGAAUCCCACACUGGGACCAGUCUGGUGCUGGGAGCCCAAACUGGGAUUUUUUCCCACCCGGCUGCUGGAUUUUUGGGAUUAAUCCCAAAUUAAUCCUGCUGGAGUUUUAGGGAAUGGGAGAUUUCUUCCCUCAUCCCACACCUCGUCCUUCCCAUCCUCUUCUAAAGCUCCACCCGGGAUCGUGCCAACAAAUCCUGGAAGAAGUUUCCCAAAAUUUCCAUUUGCCAGGGUUUUCCUUGCUUGAAUGGGAAAAAAUCCCUGGAAAUGGGGAAAAACAGGGAAAACCCUCCCAAAUCCCCACUCUGGGAAUAAAACCACAUUCAUUGGGAUAACGUCAAUCCAUGCUGGAACGCCAACCAUCCACAGAGCCGGAAAAACCUUUGGAAUUAAAACAUCCCUGCCCCCAAAACCCCGGGGACAAAGCCGUGCGUGAUCCUACAAAAUGCCAGCCCCACUUUGGGGUGACUCUUCCCAGAUUUUUGGGAUCCGACGUCUUUUCCCUCCCCCCCCUCUCCUUUUCCCGGAUUUUUUCCCUGCGGAUGGAUGGGGAGAGGCUCCGUGACGUCGCCGGCUCGCUCUGAUCUCAUUUUAAUGAAAUCAUUCCCAAAGCACGGCUCCGCGUCUGGAAUUACGACUCCAACCCCGUGAUCCCUCAUUUUUUAUAAAUACACCAGGGAGGGGGGAAAAGGUUUCCAGAGAGAGGGGAAAAAAUAUCCCGGUCCCUGAAAAAGGAAUCAGGGAAGAGCCAGGGAGGAGAAGUUCGGGAAAGGCUCCCGAUGCCUCUUUCCCGGGAGUGAUUCCACGGCAAAUCCUUCCCAUCCCAAGAAUCCAGGAGAAGCAGGCCACCACCAUGUCCCACCCCAGGCUGCUGCUCCUCCUCAUCCUGCUCGGAGCUGCCGGGACCGGCCGGGCCCUGAGCCUCUCCAACGCCGCCUCCAUCUUCAGCUGCCUCAACGCCGCCCUGUCGGAAGCGCAGAAGAUCCAUCCCGAGGAAAACGCCGUCCUGGACAAGCGCGGCUCCGAGUCGCCGUCCCUGGAGGAGGCGUCCGAGGAGGAGGCGGAGGAGGAAGAGCUGGGGAAAAGGACAUUCCCGGGGGACGGCCACUCCCGAUACGCGUCCCAGGCACGGCUGAAGGGCAAGAGCUCGCAGAACCGGGCCAAGAGCGACCGGCACACCAAGGUCACGCUGUCGCUCGACGUCCCCACCAACAUCAUGAACAUCCUCUUCAACAUCGCCAAAGCCAAGAACUUGAGGGCCAAGGCGGCGGCCAACGCCCACCUCAUGGCCCAGAUCGGGCGGAGGAAGUGACCGGGCCAGCGCCCGAGGGGACCGAUGUGUGACAGCGGCCUUGUUUGGUUCUGACCCAUCCAGCGACCUCGCAUCCUUCUCCCGCCCUUCUCUCCUCCCCGCCCUCCUCCAUCGUUCCUUCUGGACAUUUCCACGCGCAGGGAAGAGGUUCCUGGCGCCAGCAGGGCACGGGGGACGCGUCACCCGGGAAGGUUCCUGAUUAAAGCUGCCAUUUCUGGAGUUUCCAAUGCUCUGGUGUCCCAUCUCCUGCCCUGGCUGCUCCAGGGAUCAUCGGCCCCGUAGGGAUUCCAAAACCUCCCCCAGCUAGGCCUCAUGGCCCUGUCCCCACCACGGCCCUCCCAAAUCCCACCACGAGCUGUCCCUGCCGCAGCCACCGAUCCACUGGGAAGGGAAAAGAACCGGGACAACCUCAGGAGGGAUCUCCCAGAUCCUCCUCCUGGGUUUUCCCUGGAUUUGUCACCAUCAUGCUCCCCACCCACAGGGCCCCCGUGUUCCCACGGGGACACCAGGGCCACCCCACGGCCUCGGGGGGGUUUGGAUCCCAGGAGCCGCAGGCAGCUCCGUGGCUGCUCCGUUGGGUCCCACCACAAUUCCCACCUGUC